CCCAGAAUCCGGCAGGAUAUCAUCAAGUCUACAGAUACAGAUGCAUCACUACAGAACUGGGCUAGCGAUGCAGACCAGGUCGUGUUUCCUCGCCCCGACACUGCACCACUACCCCACUUACUAGUAUACGAGGAUGGAUUGAAGUGCGUAGAAUGUGGCUAUAUUUAUCGCCAUAUGAAGAAGAUGCAGGAGCAUGGCCGGAUUCACCAUAGCUGGACGCAAAGCCAUACACGCAGAGUCGGUCGCCCAGCU